CAUCUUGUGAGGGGACGAAUCCCCUCAAUGCUUGUCGUCUUCAUUCCAAUUCUUCAGGGAGCAACCGGGAGUUUUACCCUGCUCUCUUCCUAGAAUCAUGCGGCCAUGUUCAAGAAGGCCAGCCUCUUUAGUUAUGGCGGUAUUCAGCUCUUGAGUCCGUCUGUUACGGCUUUGCCACCCACUCGCACGAGCUUCAGUGCUUCGUAUCCCGGCCUCUGGACAUGUCGGUCCAAUAGAGGUUAUGCCACAGCUUCGGAUAUCUCGGAUCACCCAUAUACUUGGCCUUCGAGCUCAUCUUUCACACCAUAUGAAGUUCUCAACCUCCAUCGCAACGACCCGUACUCCAAAGCACGAUACUAUGAUCUGGUAAAGAUCUACCAUCCAGAUCGGCCCUGCGAGGAGCACCCUCUCUGUCGAAAUAUUACUCCCGAAGUUCGCCUACAGCGGUAUCAUAUUGUGGUCACUGCCCAUGAGAUUCUCUCCGAUCCGACCAGACGAGCUGCCUAUGAUCAAACGGGAGCCGGAUGGAACCACAACCCUAAACGCUAUCACACCGUGGCCGAGGCAUCGGCCGAUUGGGGGCACUAUGGGCCUACCAUCUACGCAAAUGCGACGUGGGAAGACUGGGAACGAUGGAAUAAUCGCCAUCAAGGGAAACAGCAGCACGUCGUUGACCAACGUACCUUUACCCGGCUCGUUGUUCUGCUCGUUCUUUUCGGUGGUGCCGUGCAGGCUUCCUGGAUUGGACAACUGAAUUCGGGAUAUGAGCAGCGUUUGCGCGAGGUAAGCGAGGAUUCGAUGCGGUUCUUGACUGGCCGCCGACAGCACACAGUUGCUCAGAUGCCGCACAAUGACGCUCGGGUGCAGAGUUUCCUCAUUCGUAGAGAUCCGACGGGCUCGGGUCUGAAGGAGGAAGAGGAGGCUGUGUAUCAAAAAGAACUCCAUCGUUCUCGUGGAGUGCCCGAAGCUCAACAGGCGCGAGAUCGCCUAGAAAAUCCGGCAGCUGUGGAGACUGCACCACUAGUCCAUACCGAGAGACCGGAGGAUCAUUCCCCGCAACCUUGAUCUAGAUCUGCUAGAUUUGGGCAUCUGAUAUUAUGAUAUUUUAACUUUCAACGGCGUACUGGUUCAAGGUCGGCUUUGUGCAGAAAACAGAGACUUUGCCAACCGGAGAUAUACGGAGGGCUUGCAUAAGUUCAUAAAAAUCGGACAUAUCUCUCCUCAAACUCUAGUAGGGACCUUUAGACGGAGUAGAUCUCCUAGCUUUAGAGGACAGUAUCAUGUGCUUGUAUCUCUC